AUGAGCCAAAUUUUUAAUGGUAAUGGGACUAUAGUAUGCCGAAAUAUUCCAACUGAUAUCAAUCAAUUUGAAAUAACAGAAAUAUUUAAUAAAUAUGGUACAUUGUUGGGGAAUGGAAUAUAUUUUGGGAAAAAAAAUAGUAAUGUAUUCUUUAUAAAAUAUGUUAAUUUCAAGGAUGCUGUAAAAGCUUAUGAAUGUCUGAAAAGCAAAGCUUCUGAAUAUGACUUUAAACUAAGUUUGAGCAAAAGCGAUGAAAUUAAAUACAAAGCAAUAAAAGGGGACAAAAAAUCACUCGAACAGUUAAAAAAUAUUUAUAAAAAUAACGAACAAAUAAUAAUUACUGAAGAAAUGAAAAAUGAAUUUAUUAAUGAAAUAAAUGAGUGUAUCCCUGAAUUAUCAAAAAAAAAACGAGAAGAUUCUGAAAAAAAAAAAGAUAAAUCCUUUAUUUUAAAUCUAUUGACAAAAGUUGAUGAACCUCGCGAAAACGAGCAAGACAACAAGCUAAAAGAGGAACUGAAAAAUUAUUUAAACUUAAAUUGCUUAUGUGCAUAUAACUUUGACGAAAAUAAUAAGCUUGAUAACUAUCUUAUUCCCACAUUCCCAAAUUAA